GCAAAUACCAUGUAAAGAACCAUCAGGCGGGCAGUUGCCGGCUGGAAAACUUGACGGAGAAGCGCGUUUCUCUCUCGCAGGCUGGUGGUAAGGCGGGCAAGGACAGCGGGAAGGCCAAGGCGAAGGCAGUGUCGCGCUCACAGAGAGCCGGGCUGCAGUUCCCAGUGGGCCGGAUCCACAGACACUUGAAGACUCGCACCACCAGCCACGGGCGAGUUGGUGCCACCGCCGCCGUCUACAGCGCCGCCAUCCUCGAGUACCUCACUGCCGAGGUGCUGGAGCUGGCAGGCAACGCUUCGAAGGAUCUCAAAGUCAAGCGGAUCACUCCCCGUCACUUGCAGCUGGCGAUCCGCGGCGAUGAAGAGUUGGAUUCCCUGAUCAAAGCCACCAUUGCCGGUGGAGGUGUCAUCCCCCACAUCCACAAGUCUCUGAUUGGAAAGAAGGGACAACAGAAAACGGCGUAG